UAGGUUGCGUAUGUGAUUAGCGUACACCAAUUAAAAAAGUACGAUUCAUUAUGCACACAGCGCACCUAGAAAUAAGUUCAACACUUGUUUAUUCACUUCACAUCUCCCAACACAAAUCUCAUAACACAACCCGAAAUCAGAGAGAGAGACAAUGGCACAGCCCUCCAAAUUCGUUUUCACUCGCGAAGAAGCAAAAUCCCCCGGAGACAGCCUCAUAAACAUUCCCUUUUUGAUUCCACUCGUUCGUGGGCCAUUCUCUACAUCCAAAGUCGUAGCCCUCGGAUUCGGAUCAUCCGGUCGGGUCUUCGUAGGAGUCAACGUCGAAUUCCCAGGUUUGCCUCUCCAUCACUCCAUCCACGCGGAGCAGUUCGUCGUCGCCAACCUCGCACUCCACCUCGAUAAAAAGCUCAACUGCUUAGCCCUCUCCCCUCCGGAGGCUCCUUGCGGCCACUGCCGCCAGUUUCUUCAGGAAAUCCGCGAGGCGCCUGAGAUGAAAAUCAUACUCUCGGAUCAAAACGGCGACAAUGUAUCAACCGUAAGCCUCGAGAGCCUCCUUCCAAAUAGACUCAGCCCCGACAGUCAGCUUCCAAAUGACGUCCCUCGCCUUCUCGAGCCGCGCUAUAACCGCCUCACCCUCUCGGGUCCCGAUUCCGAUGUCCCUGACCGUUAUCCCGAUCUGAAGCCCGCGGGUCUAGUGGCGGCGAACAUAUCGUACGCGCCGUACAGCAAGUGUCCUUCGGGAGUGGCGCUGGUGGAUCUCCAAGGAAGUGUGUACAGAGGAUGGUACAUGGAAUCAGUGGCGUAUAACCCAAGUUUUGGGCCAGUACAAGCCGCUCUGGUUGAUUACAUGAUUCGUGGCGGAGGCGGAGACAGAGGGUUCACGGAGAUCGUCGGAGCGGUGCUGGUGGAGAAGAAAGAUGCGGAGGUGCGUCAAGAGCAGACGGCGAGGAUGCUUCUGGAGACUAUUGCCCCCAACUGCGAUUUCAAGGUCUUCCAUUGCUGCGAGAACCCUAAAGAAAACUGAUUCAUAUUUAUGGUAUACGAUAUAUGAUUAUACUAUUUAUUUAAAAAAGACGAAUAUAAAGGAAAAUAAUACGCCAGUACAUAGAAGAAUUACACUGGUCUUUAUUAAACUUAGAUGAUAAUAUAAUAUAAUCAUAAUUAUGAUUUUGUCAUCUUCAUGUUCAAGUUACCUUAUAAAUAAGUCUUAUUAUUUUCUU